AUGCUUCGGCCCCUGGUGACAUGCACACGGUGUAAUGACAGGGCUCUGGCUGAGACCAUGGCCAAUGGCAUUGACGAGCUCAUUGGCAUUCCCUUCCCCAACCACAGCAGCGAGGUUCUGUGUAGCCUGAACGAGCAGCGGCACGAUGGCCUGCUCUGCGACGUGCUGCUGGUGGUGCAGGAGCAGGAGUACCGCACCCAUCGCUCUGUCCUGGCAGCCUGCAGCAAGUACUUCAAAAAGCUCUUCACAGCUGGCACCUUAGCCAGCCAACCCUAUGUCUACGAGAUCGACUUUGUCCAGCCAGAGGCUCUGGCCGCCAUCCUCGAGUUCGCCUACACCUCCACACUCACCAUCACCACCUCCAACGUCAAGCACAUCCUCAACGCUGCCCGGAUGCUGGAGAUCCAGUGCAUCGUGAACGUGUGCCUGGAGAUCAUGGAGCCGGGCGGGGAUGGCGGGGAGGAGGACGACAAGGAGGACGACGACGAUGACGAGGAUGACGAUGACGAGGAGGAUGAGGAGGAGGAGGAGGAGGAAGAGGAUGAGGAAGAGGAUGAUGAUACGGAGGAUUUCGCUGAUCAAGAAAACUUGCCCGACCCCCAGGACAUCAACUGCCACCAAAGCCCUUCCAAGGCAGACCAUCUCACAGAGAAGGCCUAUGCAGACACACCCAGGGACUUCCCGGACUCCUUCCAGGCCAGCAGCCCUGGCCAUCUGGGCGUUAUCCGGGACUUCUCCAUUGAAUCUCUGCUGAGGGAGAACCUGUACCCCAAAGCCAACAUCCCCGACAGGAGACCCUCCUUAUCUCCCUUUGCCCCAGACUUCUUCCCACACCUCUGGCCAGGGGACUUUGGUGCCUUUGCCCAGCUGCCCGAGCAGCCCAUGGACAGUGGGCCCCUGGACCUGGUCAUCAAGAACCGAAAGAUCAAGGAAGAGGAGAAGGAGGAGCUGCCCCCGCCCCCGCCCCCGCCCUUCCCGAAUGACUUCUUCAAGGACAUGUUCCCGGACCUUCCCGGGGGGCCGCUGGGCUCCAUCAAGGCGGAAAAUGACUAUGGUGCCUAUCUCAACUUCCUGAGUGCCACCCACCUCGGGGGGCUCUUCCCGCCCUGGCCCCUGGUGGAGGAGCGCAAGCUGAAGCCCAAGGCCUCUCAGCAGUGCCCCAUCUGCCACAAAGUCAUCAUGGGGGCCGGGAAGCUGCCGCGGCACAUGCGGACCCACACCGGGGAGAAGCCAUACAUGUGCAACAUCUGCGAGGUCCGCUUCACCAGGCAGGACAAGCUCAAGAUCCACAUGCGGAAGCACACAGGGGAGCGGCCCUACCUGUGCAUCCACUGCAACGCCAAGUUCGUGCACAACUACGACCUCAAGAAUCACAUGCGCAUCCACACGGGCGUGCGGCCCUACCAGUGCGAGUUCUGCUACAAGAGCUUCACGCGCUCUGACCACCUGCACCGCCACAUCAAGCGCCAGAGCUGCCGCAUGGCCCGGCCUCGGCGGGGCCGCAAGCCCGCCGCCUGGAGGGCCGCCAGCCUGCUGUUCGGGCCCGGAGGCCCGGCCCCGGAGAAGGCGGCCUUCGUGAUGCCCCCGGCGCUGGGCGAGGUGGGCGCCCACCUGGGCGGGGCCGCCAUGUGCCUGCCGGGCCCCAGCCCCACCAAGCACUUCCUGGCGGCGCCCAAGGGCGCGCUGAGCCUGCAGGAGCUCGAGCGGCAGUUCGAGGAGACACAGAUGAAGCUGUUCGGGCGCGCCCAGCUGGAGGCCGAGAGGAACGCGGGCGGCCUGCUGGCCUUCGCGCUGGCCGAGAACGUGGCCGCCUCCAGGCCCUACUUCCCGCUGCCCGACCCCUGGGCUGCGGGCCUGGCCGGCCUCCCUGCGCUCGCUGGCCUCAACCACGUGGCCUCCAUGUCUGAAGCCAACAACUAG